CUUGUUAUUCUUUUGCUUGGUUGUGUGCCUGUGUCGUGGCGUCGUCGUUACCUGCUGUGUUUUUGUUCACAAGUGAAGUGAAUACUCCAAGAUUUUUCCAUGCCAAAUGGCCGCUUUUAUGGAGGAAGCUUUGGUAGAAGCGCGCCGUGCACGUGACGCCGGCGAGGUGCCUGUUGGCUGUGUGUUUGUGCACGGCGACGUGAUCAUCGCACGUGGCGGGAACGAAGUGAAUGUGCAUCGCAAUGCAACACGUCACGCGGAGUUCAUAUGCAUCGAUGCCACCUUGGCCUAUUGCCGCGAGAAGCGCUUGCCGGCUCGUCAAACAUUCAGCGAAAUCAGCGUUGUCGUUACCGUGGAGCCUUGCAUUAUGUGCUCAGCGGCAUUGCACACGCUGGCGGUCAAGGAAAUCAUCUACGGUUGCGAGAAUGAUCGAUUCGGUGGGAAAACGGUGGUCGAUGUGGCUGCCGUUGUGGGUCAACAAAUUAACAUCACUGGCGGUGUGCGUGCGGAUGAGGCUAUGGCACUGCUCAAGGAAUUCUACAAGGGUGACAAUCCAUCUGCUCCGCCAGUGGCAAAGAAGAGGAAAUGACUGUCUCAUAUGUAGUUAGAGAAGGAACGGAGAAAAUCUAUAGCCACUUUAAGAUUCAGCUCAUUCAAACAAACGCAACCACUUUGUAUAUGUUGUAAUUUAUUAUAAACUUUAAGCAUAGACUAAGCUCUAAAUAUGGCGUUCAGAACGUUUCUUUAAUCAUACUACAAACAUACUAAUACAAGUCUAAUGUGUGAACAGCUACAAUAUGUUGUGUAUUGUAUGUUAAAAGUCGUAUGUGUAAUGGAAAAGUUUAACCUAUUCUGCUACAGAUAUAGGUCGAAAAACAAAUUUGUUGUUUUUCUUUUAAUCUUAAACCGUCACCACAAUAUGUUUUGUUGUAGACCUUUGUUAAACUUAUUAUACUCGUAAUUGAACUAUGA